UGCGUGCGCACUGUCGGUUUAAACUGGAAAGAAAACAGGACCGAAAGCGGACGUACUGAGAUAUUUCUACAGAAAUGGACGGCAUCAGUGAUGUUGCAGUUGGAGUGAAGAGGGGAUCAGAUGAGCUGAGUAUGUACAACAGUCCCAACUCUGGCGUGAGCAGUAUUAGUGAUGGGGCUUCCAAUGGCAGUGACAGUAAAAAGCCGAGGGUGGAGGAGGCCCCGCCGUCUCGUGUGCUCCACAUCAGGAAGCUGCCCAACGAGGCCUCGGAGACAGAAGUCAUCGCCUUGGGCUUGCCUUUUGGUAAAGUCACCAACAUCCUCACACUGAAGGGAAAGAACCAGGCUUUCUUGGAGAUGGGGACAGAAGAGGCAGCGAUCACUAUGGUCAACUACUACAACACUGUUAAUCCUCACAUCCGCAACGUCCCUGUGUUUAUUCAGUACUCCAACCACAAAGAACUCAAAACCGAUUCCGGCAAUCAGCGGACCCAGGCGGUGCUUCAGGCGGUGUCAGCAGUCCAGUCCGGCGGGUCACCAAGCUCGGACGUUCAGGAGGCUCUCGCCGCAGCCUCCAGUCCCGUGCUGCGGAUCAUCAUCGAUAACAUGUUCUACCCCGUAACGCUGGAUGUACUGCAACAGAUUUUCUCCAAGUUUGGCACAGUUAUGAAGAUAAUCACAUUCACCAAGAAUAAUCAGUUCCAGGCCCUUCUGCAGUUCAGCGAUCCUGUCAAUGCACAGCAGGCCAAACUGGCCCUGGAUGGCCAGAACAUCUACAAUUCUUGCUGCACGCUGCGUAUCGACUUCUCAAAGCUGGUCAACCUAAACGUCAAGUAUAACAACGACAAGAGUCGCGACUACACGCGACCCGAGCUGCCUGCCGGUGACGGCCAGCCAAGCCUCGACUCCUCGGUGGCCGCCGCCUUCAGCAAAGACUCCAACUCCCUCCUCGGUAAGAUCCCAGGAGCCCUGAACCCUUUGAGUGCAGCGGCGGCUGCUGCUGCUGCUGCAGGCAGGGUGGCGCUUGCUGGACAGGCGGGGUCCAGUGGGGUCCUGCUGGUCAGCAACCUCAAUGAGGAGAUGGUUGCGCCCCAAAGUCUGUUUACCCUCUUCGGGGUGUACGGCGAUGUCCAGAGGGUGAAAAUUCUGUACAAUAAGAAGGACAGCGCUCUUAUUCAGAUGUCAGACGCCAACCAGGCCCAGCUAGCGAUGAGCCACUUGAACGGCCAAAAGAUGUACGGGAAGAUCAUCCGGGUGACGCUGUCCAAGCAUCAGACCGUGGCGCUGCCUCGGGACGGCCUGGACGACCAGGGCCUGACCAAGGACUUCGCCAACUCCCCACUUCACCGCUUCAAGAAACCCGGCUCCAAGAAUUUCCAGAACAUCUUCCCUCCAUCGGCCACCCUCCACCUCUCCAACGUCCCACAAGACGUGACGGAGGAAGACCUGCGGCUGCUCUUCUCAAACGCUGGAGGAACUGUGAAAGCAUUCAAGUUUUUCCAGGAUCGCAAAAUGGCUCUGAUCCAGAUGUCGACAGUGGAAGAGGCCAUCCAGGCUUUGAUUGACCUUCACAACUACAACAUGGGAGGAAACCAGCACCUGAGAGUCUCCUUCUCAAAGUCCACCAUUUAAAAAAAGAAUAAUAAUAAAAUAAUAUGUGACCCACAGUCUGGGAGCUGGCGGUCAGAAACCUUACAGACUGUGUCUGUAGACUGGGGGGGGGGGGGGGGUCGGACCAUAUUGAGUGAACCAGUUUUGUUGUUGGGGUUUUGUUGAUCCUGUCAUUCCUUAAGAGAGAGACUGACAUUUUUGACAUCCUUUUUUUCAAAGAAAACAAAUGAGUAUUUUGCAGAUACUGGAUCCUCCCAGCUAUUCGUAACUGUACCUCUGUAUUUUUAUGUCAGGCAAAAAUAUUGACAUGAUUGAUUGUCUCCCCCCCCCCUGUAUGAUAGUUUGAUGUAGAUCAGUGUUUCACUCUUUAUUUAGUUGAAAAGAUACAGUACUUAUGUGCCUUACACGACAAUAUCAACUGUUUCUACAGCUGGACAUGUUCAUUUAUUACCCUCCUAUGCUUUUCAGGCACAUUGGUAUUGGUAUAUAUUUCUGAGGGUUAGAGAGAAUGCAAGCUGUUUUUGUCAUCCUCUAAACUUUGUUCCUCUUUUUUUUUUGUUUAAGAUUCAUAACAUUUUCCCUUUUUAGGUAGGCAAUAGAGGAGAAUAUUCCUGUGGCAAAAUGUAAGAGUAUUUACAGUUUCACUUGGAUUCCAUUAUUCCACCAGUACUUUGAGUGUAAAGAUUGUUCUCCUCCAGUUUUGAAUUCACAUAAUUUCACACAUCAUCACAACGUGGCUAAGUAUUUCUUUUUUUUUUUCUUUUUUUAUCCGUGUUUUUUUUUUUUUUUUUUAUUUGGAAGCCUUCCAUGCUUUUUUCCCCCCACAGCUGUUCCAUGAGGUGUUGUAUUGUCAGUGACAAUGGUUCUCUAAAGCAUGUAUAGUUAUGACAGGAUCUCACUUCAGAAAGCGUUGCAUGCUGUGGAAGCAGUGAGAUGAGUCCACUGUGAUUUCUUUGUCAUGUGACAGUUUACAUGGAGAGGGCUACUCAGUUGGACCAAAGUUUCUGUGCCUUUAGUGUUCCUAUUAAUUCAUUUAAACUAAAAAAAAAAAAAAAAAAAAAAAAAAAAAAAAAAGCAUUUGAACACACUGAUGCCCGGAACUUUUAAGUGGUGAGUUAAUUCCCUGUUUUUUUAAACUACCCAACCUUGGCUUGAGGUAUUUGCUCAGAAAUAAUAGUUUGGUGUAUUUUAUUUUUUCUUCAAGUCUGAUUUUAUACAGCUGUAAAUGUAAGGAUUUGGUAUAGUUCUGAAGAGGCACAAUUAAAGGAUGAAUUAUUUUCUAACAAGAGGAGUUGCGCCUCAGUUUCCUGCUUUCUUUUGUUUUAAAGCGUUUUCCCUCUCUAGUCUCUCUUGUGUAUUCUGCAUAACGUCUGUAGCAUGCUUAAUAAAACUAUUCUGUAGCUCUGCAUUCACCUCCUCCGUCUCUCUCUUCUCUGUUCUGUCUGCUCUGCUCACUUCUGAAGCCAUCUUCAGUCCCAGGGUGGGAAAGAAGCCAAAGUUAAUUUUGGAGCCACUAGAAAAAACAAGCUCUAAUAAACCAGAUUGAGCCCUCUGAUCGUACUAAUUCACAGGACAAGUACAUUUUUGUUGAUGGUUUCCCACCCUGCCAACUGACACAAUCUAUUCCUUUGAUGUCUUGCUCUCCUCUCUUCUGGUAGUUGCCUAUUUUCUAAUCAGUCUCUAAGGGCCUCCACUCUCCUGACAAUCUGUCUGAUCUAUCUGCUCGCUCUCACACUUAAUCAAUUACAUAAAUGGCCACAUUUGUCAUUUUUUCCAAGCUCUGCAUUUUUACCCCACUGUCAGCUUUUGAGUAUUUUUCAGUAAACAUUGCUUUGUACACACUUAGGUAAUGUUUAGCCAAUUAAAUCCACAUUGUAUUGCUGCAGAAUACCAUCGUAUUUUGGACACUGCGUUGGUCUGAAGGAAUACAAAUGAGGGAUCUCAACCUCUUUUCAGUCCUACCUUUAAAGACAAUUCCAUGCCAAGUGGUGACAUCAGAUGAUGAAAAAAUGAGGCAGAUGUGGAAGUGCCAAAAUCCCCGUUGACUUCUAUGUUAAAAUUCCCUACUUUACAGCAGAAAUAAACGUGUUUACA